AUGUCGAGAAAAGCCGUUUUCGACGCGGUUGCCAUCUCGGGCACAGCGUCCAAAAUCGCCCGUGACAGCGUGAAAAUCGCUUCCACCGAUGCCUCCAGGUGCUGGUCCAAGCUGUUCCUCGUGGCCCAGGCAAGGAAGCUCGACUCAAGCUCCCACAUGUGGGCAGAUCUCCGAGGCAAGGCCCAGGCGGCCAGAACCCAGCACAGAAGCUUUUCCACCUGUGCCACUCUACACGAGCCACGCUCUCACAGAAAGAAUACCAAUGCCAACUACUCCACCAAGUCGGUGAAGCUUUUCGUCGAGGAGCAGGAGGAGAAGUCUGCCGUGCGUCCCAAGGUCAAGAAGGUCAUCGGCGGCGCCAAGGUCAAACCUUCCUUCGAUAUGUCUCAGCUGGAGGUGCCCAGUACCAGAUUGGCUAGAAUGUUCCACUACGGCUCGUUGGCUGCUGGAAUGGGCUUCUCUGCUGCUUCUCAUGGUUUGAGACAGGUUGCUCAGGGUAACGGCUCUACACUCAGUAUGAAGCAGCUCUUCUUGAGUCCAGCUAACAUUGAAAGAAUGGCACGCAAGUUCUCCAAGAUGAGAGGCGCUGCGUUGAAGAUUGGACAAAUGAUGUCCUUCCAGGACGCUUCCAUUUUGCCUGCUGAAAUCCAGCAAAUCCUUUUAAGAGUCCAGAACUCUGCUCAUUACAUGCCCUUGGCCCAGUUGGAGCGUAUCAUGACCACUGAGUUGGGCAAAGACUGGCGCAAGAACUUGUUUUCUUCUUUUGACGACGUUCCUUUUGCAGCCGCAUCGAUUGGCCAAGUGCACAACGCUGUAACUGAAGACUUGACUCCUGUCGUUGUCAAGGUCCAGUACCCAGGUGUGGUUGACUCCAUCGAUUCGGACUUGAACAACUUGCUUAUGCUCCUCACCGCCUCCUCAAUCUUGCCCCGUGGUUUGUUCUUGGACAAGACCAUCGCCAACGCUCGUGUUGAGCUCAAGUGGGAAUGUGACUACAUCCGUGAGGCUCAAAAUUUGGUUCGUUUCCGUGAAUUGCUCGAGAACGACCCUGUCUUCGAGGUUCCAAGAGUGCUUCACAAGAUGUCCGGCGAGCAUGUCCUUACUAUGGAGAAGAUGGGCGGUACCGAAAUUGCAAAGGGAAACUGGGACCAGAAGACCCGUGACUGGAUCGCUACCAAUAUCAUGAGACUUUGUCUUACCGAAUUGAAGAACUUCCGCUUCAUGCAGACCGACCCCAACUGGGCAAACUUCUUGUACAACGACAAGACCCACAAGAUUGAGUUGUUAGAUUUUGGUGCUGCUCGUGAGUUCGAGGACAGCUUCGUGGAGAACUACGUUGAAAUCUUGCGUGCCUCUGUCCGUAAGGACCGUGAGGCUGUGGAGAAGUUUUCCCUCAAGUCUGGCUUCUUGACCGGUUUGGAAUCUCCUGGUAUGGUGAGAGCCCACGUGGACUCACCAAACAGAAAACCUUUUGAUUUCUCCAACCAAACCAUCACGGAUAGAGUUAGAGACAACAUUGGAUUAAUGUUGAACGAGAGAUUGACCCCUCCUCCUGAGGAAACAUACUCCUUGCACAGAAAGAUGAGUGGUGUCUUUUUAUUAUGUGCUAAGUUGAAAGCCACUGUUCCAUGCGAACAAUUGUUCAAGGACAUUGUCGGCUACUAA